AUGGACGGUGGCCAGACCUCUUCGAAUCCCGCCCCCGCUGGGAACUCCAGCGAUUUUGUGCGCAAGCUGUACAAAAUGCUGGAGGAUCCCUCCUAUGCCUCCAUUGUACGCUGGGGAGACGAGGGGGAUAGUUUUGUCGUCUUGGAGUGCGAGAAGUUCACCAAGACCAUCCUACCCAAACAUUUCAAGCAUAGCAACUUCGCCAGUUUCGUGCGCCAACUCAAUAAGUAUGAUUUUCACAAGGUCCGACAGAACAACGAAGAGAGCGGCCAGUCGCCAUAUGGGCAAAAUGCCUGGGAGUUCAAGCACCCAGAAUUUCGGGCGAACAGCAAGGAAUCACUCGACAAUAUUCGCCGCAAAGCUCCUGCGCCCCGCAAGCCCACCCAAGCCACCGAUGACUCCGUUCCAACCCAACAGAUCGAUUUACUCAAUCAACAGAUUGUUGCGCAACAGCAGCAGAUUCAGCACCUCUCCGACCGCUAUGCUCAGCUUACUGUGGACCACCAACUUAUGCUGCAGGAGGUGAUGAGGGUGCAGAAGACGGUAUUGAAUCAUGAGAAUGUGAUCCACCAGGUGAUGAACUACCUACUCUCCGUCGAUCGUCAGCGAAGGGACAGCAAGGCUCUCUCCUUCCAGGGGCAGGCCGGUACCACCAUGAGCCCCUCUCAAGUCGGGGCCGUGGAUGAUGAGCCCUCAUCUCCCCUGCAGCAGGCCUCCAAGCUGUUGAAUGACAUGAAUGCUGAGAUCCAAUUUAAUCUUGCAGGCAUGGAUUCAGCCGCUGAGGCCCAAAAGGCUGGUGCGGUCCCUGGCGCGGUUCCUGGCACGGUGCCAGUGGCUGCAGCUGCGAUGGAUGCGGCCGCCCGAAAUGGAGCAGCUCGUGCAGUGACCGCCGCACCCCCGAAUCCAGCCCUUGUCUAUCCUAAGAUGGGCGGGGACUUGGAGCAAGUGGUUUAUCCGGUUGGUGCCACUAAUGGGAUUGACCCAAUGUAUAGCGAACACGUCAAUAACGUGCCGUAUCCAAUGCCAACAAAACAAGAGGUCGUCGAGCCUGCGGAGGCUCGGAGGCAGUAUCCUGAUAACCGGAAGAAGAGCACUAAUGUCGACCCUGGUUGGGUACGUAGUCCACAGAUUCUUUUGGUGGAAGACGACGCGACUUGCCGACAGAUUGGCGGCAAGUUCUUAUACUCUUUCUCUUGUGUGAUUGAUACUGCUUUUGAUGGCUUGGAAGCUGUGAACAAAAUGCAGGGCGGCUCAAAAUACGAUUUGAUUCUGAUGGACAUCAUUAUGCCAAACUUGGACGGCGUGUCCGCCUGCCAUCUCAUCCGCCAAUUCGACCGAACCCCCAUCAUCGCCAUGACCUCCAAUAUUCGUAGCGACGACAUUCAGCUCUAUUUCCAACAUGGGAUGGAUGAUGUUCUGCCCAAACCUUUCACCCGGAAGAGCCUGCUCGACAUGCUGGAGAAGCACUUGGUACACUUGAAGCCCAUGCAACAAGGCAUCGAGGCGGCGCCGCCUACCGUGGCGGCAGUGACCAUGGCUGCCCAAACAUCAGCCUCUCAAUCGAUCAAAGAAGACAGCUCACCCGGCCAAUCCCCAGCCGGUUCUAUGAACAACUGGCAAUCACCGGGUCAAUUCCAGGGCAUGCCUCCAGUUCCACCGACCAUGCCCGCGGUUCAAGGACAAUAUGUGGCCGCGGCCGCGGCUCCACCAGCUGCAUAUACGGUUGACCAGAAUGGGGUUCAAUUCCCGGCGCCACCCGCGGUUCCCGUUCCUUCCACGGGGGCUCCUGCGCGUCCACAACAUCGACGGCAAAUGUCUGAGAUGUCCAGCGCCACUGAAAAUCCGAAUGUGAAACGGCAACGCAUGUACCCCCAGCCGCCUCCGAUGAUGGCCGUACAGGCUGGGCGACCCGCCUAA